AGCAUUAACCUCGUAAAAAACACACUACAGAGACCGCUUAUAAACACACAUACGCACUUGCCCACCAUGUGUCCCCACGUAGACGAUAUCCCUCUCGACAAGUCGAACGCCGUCGCCAUCGAGACCGACAGUCCCCACAUCCCCAUGCCCAACGGCAACUCGAACGUCGAAACAUCCUCUUCCUCCAAGGAUGCAUCAACACUACCCCCGGCUGCCAAGCCCGUGCAUCAACAGCAGAAGAAGAACGCUUACGGGCCUAGGUAUUCGGACUUCUUGAGCAACACUAGCAACUGGAGCAUCAUCGAAUCUACCCUCCGAGAGGGUGAACAGUUCGCCAAUGCGUUCUUCAACCUGGAGACCAAGAUGAAGAUUGCCAAGGCGCUGGACGACUUUGGUGUCGAGUACAUCGAGCUCACCUCGCCUGCCGCUUCGCCCGAGUCGUUCGAGGACUGCAAGGCUAUCUGCAACAUGGGGUUGAAGAAGGCCAAGAUCUUGACUCACAUCCGAUGUCACAUGGACGACGCCCGACUCGCCGUCGAGACCGGUGUCGAUGGUGUCGACGUCGUCAUCGGUACCUCGUCUUUCCUCCGGGAACACUCCCACGGCAAGGACAUGACUUGGAUCACCAAGCAAGCCAUCGAAGUCAUCGAGUUUGUCAAGUCCAAGGGCAUCGAGAUCAGGUUCUCUUCCGAGGACUCUUUCCGAUCCGAGCUCGUCGACCUCUUGUCCAUCUACCGAACCGUCGACAAGGUCGGUUUGAACCGAGUCGGUGUCGCCGAUACCGUCGGUUGUGCGGACCCUCGACAGGUCUACGACCUGGUCAGGACCCUCCGAGGUGUCGUCAGCUGUGACAUCGAGUGUCACUUCCACAACGAUACCGGAUGUGCCAUCGCCAACGCCUACGCCGCCUUGGAGGCCGGUGCCACUCACAUCGACACCUCGGUCUUGGGUAUCGGUGAGAGGAACGGAAUUACCCCCUUGGGAGGAUUGAUCGCCAGGAUGAUGGUCGCCGACCCGGAAUACGUCAAGUCCAAGUACAACUUGCCCAUGCUGAGAGAGAUUGAAAACUUGGUCGCCGAGGCCGUCGAGAUUUCCGUCCCCUUCAACAACUACAUCACUGGAUUCUGCGCCUUCACCCACAAGGCUGGUAUCCACGCCAAGGCCAUCUUGGCCAACCCGGCUACUUACGAGAUCUUGAAGCCCGAGGACUUUGGAAUGAGCCGAUACGUCUCGAUCGGACACCGAUUGACCGGUUGGAACGCCGUCAAGAGCCGUGCCGAGCAGUUGAAGUUGGAGAUGACCGAUGAGCAGGUCAAGGACGCUACCGCCAAGAUCAAGGAGUUGGCCGACACGAGGACGCAGAGCAUGGACGAUGUCGACAGAAUCCUGCGUAUCUACCACACCGCCGUCACCAGCGGUCAGAUGAAGGUCGGUGAGCAGGAGGUCUUGCAGGAGCUUUUGGACAAGCACAUGCCCCAGGACAAGUAGACGCUCGAGAGGGCACAACAUUUCGGUCCGCCUAUCUCUGAUGGCGUAAGACCUGAAACUACAAAAGAAGAGGAACGAAGAGGACGCGGUUUACACGCCGCGGUCGGGAGAUGACUCGCAUACUAGAUGACUCUGUCUCAUUUCCUCUGAGCUCAACGGUCGAUUGUUUCCAUCUUGCCUGCUUGCUACUGGCUUUUUGUUCUGUCUUCUAUCAUCAUAUUGAAUACGUGUAUCCUUCAGGA